AUGCAAUUCCUCAACACUUUAGCUCUUGCCACCUUAGCCGCCUUCGUCGCCGCUGACCAAUCCUUCACCUUGGUUGCCAACGGUGACGGUAUCUCCAACUCUCCAGUCACCUCCGACGGCCAACAAUUGACUUUGGACAACGGUAACACCGCUCAAAUUGACUUGCAAGAACCAUCUGGUUUCGCUCAAACCGGCGGUAAGUUCCUUACCAUCGACUCCAACGGUAUCUCCUUCACCGACGACAACAGUAAGGCCUCCAAGGACUGGGGUUUCGUUGACGGUAAGUUCAGAUCUGGUCCAAGCAUUGACCAAGCUGACUUCUUCGCCUGUAAGGCCGACAAGGGUUACACCUUGAUCAACUACCAAAAGGACGGAUGUGUCGCUGUCAGCUUGUCUCAAGGUGGUGCUCCAGCUCCAUCUUCUGCUGCCCCAUCUUCUGCCGCUCCAUCUUCCUCCGAAGCUCCAUCUUCUGCUGCUCCAUCUUCUGAAGCUCCAUCUUCCGCUGCUCCAUCUUCUGACGCUGAAGUCACCAAGACUGCUGAAUCCCACACCCUCGUCACUGUGACUGACUGUGCUUCUACUGUCACUGACUGCCCAGCCCGUCAAUCCAGCUCUGCCCCAGCUGCCCCAACCGUUCCAACCGCUAACGGUGCUGCUGCUGUCGGUGCUGGUGCCGGUGCCGUCAUGGUUGCUGCCGCUGCCUUGAUGCUCUAA